AUGUUUGCCGCCAUUUCUGCAUGCGAUCCGGCUGGAGCCGAUAUUCAGGCCCCGAAUCAAAGUGGGAACAAGACGCGAAUGGAAUGCACCGGUCAGACGAUCAAAUGCAAAGCUCUGGUCAUCUGGGGCAAGAAAAACAUCAAGCUCGAAGAAAUUGAGGUCGACCCGCCCAAGGCUGGGGAGGUACGCAUUAAGAUGCUCUACAACGCAUUAUGUCACACCGAUAUCGCCCUGAUUAAUGGAUGGGUGGUUGGAGCAAAAUACCCCUGCAUCCCCGGCCACGAGGCAACAGCUGAGGUGGAAAGCGUUGGGGAGGGCGUGACACGACUUCAACCUGGCGAUAUCGUAAUCCCAACCCCGUUCCCGCAAUGUAAUAAAUGCAAAAUGUGCACGAGUGGCAAGACGAACCUUUGUGAGGAGAUGGACUUGAAUCAGCUAACAAUGCCACUCGGCGAUGGUACUACGAGGAUCAAAUGUCGAGGGGAAGACGUGUUCAACGGUUUUGGUAUCGCCACGUUCAGCGAGUACAGCGUGGUCAAGGAGUGCGCAUUGGCCAAGAUUAACCCGAAAGCGCCCGCUGAUAAAGCUUGCCUGGUCGGCUGUGGAAUCGCUACUGGUUAUGGCGCCGCGGUAAAUACAGCUCAGGUCCGCGAAGGCGAUAAAGUUGCCGUCAUCGGGCUUGGCUGCAUUGGCCUAUCUGCUGUCCAUGGCGCCAAACAUGCCGGAGCUGCUGAAAUCAUCGCAAUCGACAGCAACCCCAAGAAAUUUGAUGCUGCCAUGAAAAUGGGUGCCACAAAGUGCGUGAAUCCGAAGGACUGCCCGGAGGGGACCGAAUUUUCAGAAUGGUUUACCAAGGAACAUGGGGCUAUGGACAAAUCGUUGGAGUGCGUGGGAGAUGUGGAUUGUAUGCGCCAGGCGAUCGAGAUUGUGUCCAAGGGUUGGGGACGAGCCGUGAUUCUUGGUGUUCAGCCACCUGAAGAUAAGCUGGAGAUCUCACCUGCACUUCUUCUGGAGGGACGAACGGUUCUAGGGGGAUGUGUUGGAGAUUAUCACACUGUCGAUGAGUUCCCGAAACUUGUCGACAAACUGAUGGCUGGUGAAAUUACGCCGGAGCCGAUGAUCACCCACCACUACCACCUUGAGCAGUUCCAGGAUGCCGUUCAGCAAAUGGAUAAGGGGAAAUGCAUCCGUGCCGUCUUCGAGCUGUCAGCACAC